AUGAAGCUCCUACCUGGUGAUUUACUCAAAGAGCAAGGCGGGGUGGACCGGGCCAGAGGGUGCGAGGAGAUGGAAUUGAGUCCUAUAAAUGAGCGCCUCUGUAAUGCUUCACAAUACUCCAACAAGAAUGGGGCAACGCAGUGUAUGAACGAGUAUUGCGUGGUAUUCAGAAACAAAGUUGAUGCACGGCUGGAAGAAGUCAGUCAAGAAUUCAUCCGACUCAAAGAGAAAAAUAGUCAACUUGAAGAGGAAAUUCAGGAGCUCAACACGCGAAAUCAACAACUACAAGCCGAGAUUAAUCGCUUGGCUCAACUGUAUGGGAGGCAAGAAGAGGACGACCCCCGCCAGCUCGCAGUGAAUCAACUCUUCAAAGACUUGCGGAUAUUGUUGAACAAUCAAACUGCUAGCCAGAAGACCGAGAGCCAGCCCUGGUCGGAUGAUGCGUUUGAGUUAUGCCGUGGGGUGCUCCCGGGCCGCCUCGUACGACAUGCUCAGCCGGAUGCCCAACUGCAAAGCUCUCGUCAGCCCGACGAGUCUUCAAAUCCUCUCCCGGGGCCUUCUAGCAGUCACUCGCUCACUUGGGGCUGA